AUGGCGCGCCUGACGCGAGCCGAGUCCUCUGAUGAGGAUGACUAUCUCGAUAACAUCAACUCACAGGUUGCGAACAAGUCCCUGCACAACGCUGCCUCGCCUGCCUCAGGCACCCCAUCACGCCCGGGCAACCCUCCAAGCGACAACGUCGUCGACCUCACGAACAGCCCCGAGCCUGCGCGCGGCUACAAAUCGUUGAACUCUCUGGGUUUUGGGCACUCGGAUAAGCCCGUGUUUGGGAAGCCAGGAAAGCUCAUGUCCAGCCUUAAGCAGAAGGCAGCCGGCGCUUCCCACAUGUUUAUCCAGCCCAGGAAUCGACCAGAACUACACAGGGACCAGAAGGUGCCGCCACCUCGCAAUCCCGCCGAGACGAAGCCACCGACAUUCAGCUCUCUAGGUCCCGAGGCGUAUCCCCCCGAGUACGUCCAGUCGUCUUACUAUAGGGGAGCCCCGAGCGAUGCUGCCUUCGAGGACAACACCUUCUAUACCGACCCUACCAAGGCGAACGAGGACCUGAAGGCUCUGCUGGAGGGCGGGCUCGAAGACGAUGAGGAGGAAGAGAACAAGGGCGACUUGGACGACGGCACACUGGAGGGAAUCAAGGUUAAGCUCCUCCCGCAUCAGGUUGAGGGAGUCAAGUGGAUGAAGGGCCGAGAGCUGGGCCCUGUCAAGCGCGGGAAGGUGCCCAAGGGUGGCAUUCUAGCGGAUGAUAUGGGCUUGGGAAAGACUCUGCAGUCCAUCUCGCUCAUCCUCAGCAACCCCAGGCCGGAUAGGGAGCAUCCAGACUGGAAGAAGAGCCUGAAUGGUGUUGAGCGGGGCACGCUCGUGGUUGCGCCCCUGGCACUGAUUCGACAGUGGGAGGCAGAGAUCCAAGAGAAGGUGACGAAGUCGCAUCGCCUCAGCGUCUGCGUUCACCAUGGACCAAACCGUACAAAGCGGUUUCAAGACCUCGCUAAUUACGACGUCGUAAUCACCACUUACCAGAUCCUGGUCUCUGAAUUCAACUACACGUCGGAGACGGUAAAGGCAGGGUGCUUCGGCCUGCACUGGUACCGCGUGAUUCUAGAUGAGGCCCAUACCAUCAAGAACCGCAAUGCCAAGGGCACGAAGGCAUGUUGUGCCCUGCGCUCCGAGUUCCGCUGGUGUUUGACCGGCACACCUAUGCAGAACAACCUAGAUGAGCUGCAGAGCUUGGUCAACUUCCUGCGCAUACAGCCUUACGACAACCUCCAGCACUGGCGAGAGAACAUAGACAAGCCCAUGAAGAACGGAAAGGGUCAUCUCGCGAUUCGCCGGCUGCAUGCUCUCUUGCGAUCCUUCAUGAAGCGCCGGACCAAGGACAUCCUCAAGGAAGAGGGCGCUUUGCUGCCAGGUGGGAAGAAGGCUCUUGAGGAAGCCGCCAGGAACGGAUCAGGCGAGGCGCCUGAAUCAAAGUUCAAGAUCACAGAGCGCAAGGUCGUGGCGGUCUCGACAGAGUUUUCUGCAUCUGAGCGGAGGUUCUACAACAAGCUGGAGGAGCGUGCCGACAAGAGUCUCGAGGCCAUGAUGAAGCAAAAGGUCAGCUACGCCAACGCUCUGGUGCUGCUGCUACGGCUCAGGCAAGCUUGCAACCACCCCAGCCUUGUGGGAAGCAAGUUGGACAAAGACAAGGAUGCCCUCUCGACCGAUACCUCUAACCAGAAAAACGCGGACACAAGCGUCGAUGACCUGGCGGAUGCUCUGGGCGGCAUGGGAAUCCAGGCGAAGAAGUGUGAGCUGUGCAUGAUCGACCUGCCUCGCGAUGUCUCUGCACGCGGUGAAGUCCACUGCGAGGAGUGCUUGGCGAACAUGGACGAAGUCAACGCUGAUUUCACGGGCGCCAACAAGACCAAGAAGAAGGCCAAGAAGUCCAAGAAGCACAGGAGCAAAGCCGACGACAGCAAGCGCAAACCACGCAGGCGAAACGUGGUCGUUGAUAGUGACGACUCGGACGAGGAGGGAAGCUGGCUCGUGGGCGAGGACCAGCGAGGUUCGUUGCGUCUAGGCAAGGCUGGUGGCACUGAUGAUGAGAAUGCUGAAGGGGCGGGCGAAGAUAUUGGGUCGGAUGACUCGUUGCACCACUCCGAAUCCGAGGCCGGCAGCCGACUCGAUAGCUUCGUUGUUGACGACGAGGUCGCCACUCAAACCACCUAUGAUGAUGGCUCUGAUGACGACAGCCUUGUGUCCCUCGAUAAGUUCGGGUCGCAGCCUGUCAAGCCGAAGAAACAGCGGAAGCCGGUGACCAGAGUGGAGUCCGAAUCCGAGUCCGAAUCUCAAAGCGAUUCUGAUGAGGAGGAUUCAGGCGUCUCGGAAUCCGAACUUGAGAAGACGGAGAUCCUUUACACGCCUCACAAAGCGGCCAAGGGCAAGUCCCAUCUCAUGAACUCGUCCAAGAUCCGUGAGAUCGUCAAGAUCCUGCACGAGGAGGCCCACGAGCACAAGUUCAUCGUCUUCUCCCAGUUCACAUCCAUGCUGGACCUUGUGGAGCCGUACCUGCGCAAGGAAGGCCUCAAGUUUGUUCGGUACGACGGCGGUAUGAAGAACGACGCCCGCGAGGAGAGCCUGUACAGGCUGCGCAACGACAAGAACACGCGGAUCCUGCUGUGCAGUCUGAAGUGUGGGUCGCUGGGGCUGAACCUGACAGCUGCUACGCGGGUCAUCAUCAUCGAGCCGUUCUGGAACCCUUUCGUCGAGGAACAAGCCAUAGACCGCGUGCACCGCCUCACGCAGACGGUGGACGUCAUCGUGUACAAGCUGACGGUCAAGGGCACGGUCGAGGAGCGCAUCCUCGAGCUGCAGGAGAAGAAGCGCCUCCUCGCCAUGCACGCCAUCGAGGGCGGCAUGAAGAAGAACAAGGACUCGCUCAAGCUGUCCCUGCAGGACCUCCUCAACCUCUUCAAGCCCCGCAGCGACGGUGGCGACAACAACAACGCCCACGGCGGCCCAGGAGAAGAUGACGACGCGCUGAACGGGCUGGCGGACUUUAGGAGCAAGAAGCCGACCGCGCCCAAGAAAGCGCCCAGGAGGGAAGAUGAUGUCUACGGGCGCCGGUGGUGA